UCCGCCCUCCGUGAGGUGAACGGAAGAAGAUGGAAACAGGGAGGCCAGACAGGCUCUGACAGCGAAAAUACGUGUGUCGGUACGGAGCCAAAACUCUAAAUACUCGACCCUAGUGUUUGUUUUUCAUCUCUGAACUCUUCAUGGUGUAGCAGUAGGAGUUUAAUCAACAUGGGACACAUCCGGGAGCAUCUGUCGGCGACGCUGAAACUACGGGUGUCACUUUUCCUUUUCCUUCUUGUUGUCUACACCGGUGACGCCAGGCUGCACCGGACACGCAGCGUCGAGCCCUCGACGGAGGAAACUUACAACAAAUACUACAAUUAUGUUGAACUAACUGAACGUUUACAUUCGUUAGCCCAGAAGUACCCUCUCAUAGCGAACCUGUCCAGCAUAGGUCAGUCUGUGGAGGGCAGGGAGCUCUGGGUGAUGCGGAUCACCGAGGACCCCAACAGAGACACACCGGGGAAACCUAAAUUUAAAUACGUUGGGAACAUGCACGGCGACGAAACCGUGUCCAGACAAGUGUUGGUUUACCUUGUGGAGUACCUCCUGAGUAAAUAUGGGGAAGAACCGCGUAUCACCGAGCUGGUGAACACCACGGAUAUUUACAUUAUGCCCAGCAUGAACCCCGACGGCUUUGAGAAGUCCAAAGAGGGGGACUGCAAUGGCGACAAUGGGGGCCGAAAUAAUGCCAAAAACAAGGACUUGAACAGGAGCUUUCCUGACCAGUUUGACGGGGAGCCCAUCGACUCAAAAAACAUCCCCGAAGUCAUGGCUGUGAUCAGAUGGAUCCAGGAGAAAAAAUUUGUGCUGUCAGGGAACCUGCAUGGCGGCACUGUGGUUGCCAGUUAUCCUUUUGAUGACUCAGCCUCCCACCAGCGACAGGGCCACUACAGCCAGUCAGAGGACGACAGUCUGUUCCGCUACUUGGCUCUGGUAUAUGCCCAGAACCACUCUGUGAUGAAGACCGGUCAGCCCUACUGUCCUGAUGCCCUCUCAGAGUCUUUUGUAGAUGGCAUUACCAACGGGGCAGAGUGGUAUGAUGUGCCUGGAGGGAUGCAAGACUACAACUACCUCUAUGGAAACUGUCUGGAAAUCACCAUGGAGCUGAGCUGCUGUAAAUAUCCUCUUGCUACUGAACUCCAUAAGGAAUGGGAUCUGAACAGGGAAUCCUUGAUAGCAUACAUGGAAAAGGUACACAUGGGUGUUCGUGGUUAUGUGAAAGAAGCUGUUGAUGGUGCUGCCCUCAGCAAUGUCAGCAUUAUGGUAGCAGGCAUUAAGCACAACCUGACCACAGGGAAAUAUGGGGACUACUACCGCCUUCUUCUACCAGGAACAUACAACAUCACAGCUGUGGCCCCAGGGUAUGCAUCAAUGACAGUCAACAGUGUCCAGGUGAUUGAGGGCAAAGCCACAGAACUUAACUUUACUUUGGCACCUGUGGUCAGUGGGGCUGCAAGUAGCAUCCCUGUUAACAUAACCUCCGUGCUGUCCACAAGCCAUCCAAACAUUUCCACCACCGACUCCUCUAAAUCCAGCCAGACACUGGUGGUUCCCGCCAAUGGAAACAAGAACAUCACUGCAUCACUUCCACCUGUUAACCAGCCCAUCCAGCCCCAGGAAUUUCGUCAUCACAAUUAUGCAGACAUGGAGCUGUUCUUGCGCAAGUACGACAGCGAGUUCCCCUCGAUAACUCAUCUCUACUCUAUUGGCCGCUCGGUGGAAGGCCGUCACCUGUAUGUGAUGGUCAUCUCUGACAAUGCUUCUGUCCAUGAACAUGGUGAGCCAGAGUUUAAGUAUGUGGCCAACAUGCACGGCAAUGAAGUGGUGGGUCGGGAGUUAAUGCUCAACCUCAUUGAGUAUCUGUGCCAUAACUAUGGUACCGACCCGGAGGUCACCUGGUUGGUCAACAACACUCGCAUUCACAUCAUGCCUUCUAUGAACCCAGAUGGCUAUGAGGUCGCUGAUGAAGGGCAUAACAGUACCUACAAAGGACGCAACAACAGCAACAACUUUGAUCUGAACCGCAACUUCCCAGACCAGUUUACCACCAUCACAGAUCCCAGACAGCCGGAGACGAUAGCUGUGAUGAACUGGCUGAAGAGCAUCCCCUUUGUCCUGUCAGCAAACCUCCAUGGAGGUUCCUUGGUGGUCAACUACCCCUUUGAUGAUGACAGAGACGGUUUAGUUCAUUACAGCCCUUCACCCGAUGAUGAGGUCUUUAAGCAUCUGGCUAGAGCGUAUUCACAGGAAAACUCUCUGAUGUACAAAGGACACCCUUGUGACGACCUGUACCCCGAUGAAUAUUUUGAGGAUGGCAUCACCAAUGGAGCUCAGUGGUAUACUGUCCCUGGUGGUAUGCAAGACUGGAAUUACCUAAAUACCAACUGUUUUGAGGUGACCAUUGAGCUGGGCUGCUAUAAGUACCCCUUGGCUGAGGAACUGCCAACAUACUGGAAAGAAAACCGGAAAGCCUUGCUUCAGUUUAUACACCAGGUUCACACUGGAAUAAAAGGCACAAUCUCUGACGCUGAGGAUGGUACAGGAAUCCCCAAUGCCACCAUUAGUGUGCAGGGAAUCGACCACAACAUCACCACAGCUGAUACUGGAGACUACUGGAGACUGCUGGUCCCUGAGACUUACUCUAUCACUGCUUCAGCCCAUGGUUAUACACCUGUGACGAGCUACGCCACAGUCCCAAAAGAUCGAGUGGAGGUGGUGGACUUCAGACUGACACGCUUGCACUCAGACAGCAAUGGCCAGCCUCUCAGUGGCCCCCAACCCAAACAAAACCCAUCUGAGAGGGAGUUCCAGAGCUUAAUUAAGGAGCUCUCUCUAGGCCAGGGUUUGGAGCAGCUGGUCAGGAGCACGGCCACAAAGAUCGACUUACGAUACCGACCUUCCAGAGAGCUGCCUUCUGUCAUGACAGGCUUCACAAAAAACUUCCCUGAAAUUACAACUUUACACAAUUUGGGCCACAGUGUGGAGUUUAGAACCAUUUGGGCUCUGGAAAUCUCUGACAAACCAAAAGACCCUGAGCCGUCUGAGCCAAAGAUCCGCUUUGUAGCAGGGAUUCAUGGCAAUGCCCCUGUGGGCACAGAGCUGCUGCUGGAGUUUGCAGCCUUCCUGUGCAUCAACUAUGGCAAGAACCCAGUCAUCACCAGGUUGAUCAACGAGACCCGCAUUUUCAUUGUGCCCUCUGUCAAUCCUGAUGGACGAGAACAGGCUAUCGAGAAGCAGUGCAUGUCCACUCAGGGCCUGACCAAUGCUAAUGGCAAGGAUCUGGACACAGACUUUUUUGGCAAUGCAUCACAGCGUGUGGUGGAGCCCCAACCUGAGACCAGAGCGAUGAUGAACUUCAUACUAGACAAGGCCUUCACACUAUCUGUAGCCCUUGAUGGCGGCUCCCUGGUUGCUACCUACCCUUACGACAAGCCUGUCCAGCCUGUUGUAAAUGAGGGCACAUUGAAGUACUUGGCAAGCGUGUAUGCCAACAACCACCCCAAGAUGCACCUUGGGGACACCGGAUGUUCAAACAAUGGGCAGAUGGGCAACAUCCCAGAUGGAGUUAUGAGGGCAGCAGAGAGACAGAGUCACAUGGGGAGCAUGAAGGACUUCAGUAUGGACUUUGGCCACUGCCCAGAAAUUACAGUGUAUACCGGCUGCUGUCUGUUCCCUCCUGCUGAGCAGCUGUCCACGCUCUGGACGGAGAACAAGAAAGCUCUGCUCAGCAUGUUGGUGGAGGUUCAUAAAGGAGUGCGAGGUGUGGUGAGAGACAAGAGUGGCAAACCUAUUGUUGGGGCAAUCAUUGUACUGAACGAAGGAGUCAGAUUGUUGACUUCUGAGGGCGGCUACUUUCACGCGCUCCUGGCUCCUGGCAACCACGAUAUUGAAGCUGUUGCUGACGGCUACCAAAAGCAACGACAAAAGGUUGUGGUAUCUUCCUAUGAAGCUGCAAACUCCAUUAUCAUUGAGUUUGACACUGACAACAGCAUCUUUGGCCUGCCCAGAGAGUUUGUUGUGGCCAGUGCAGCAGCCUCCAUGACAGCGCUGGUGGUGACGGCGUGCAUCAUCUGGUGCGUAUGUGCAGUCAAGUCUAAUCAUCAGAAAGAUGGCUUCCACCGUUUGCGGCAGCACCGAGAUGAUUACGACGACGAGAUCCGGCUCACCUCGAUGGGCUCCAAAAAGUCGCUGCUUGCCCACGAGUUUCAGGACGAAAGUGAAAGUGAAGAGGAGACGCUGUACGCCAACAAAAUCUGAGAAAUGGGGCACCACUUUGGCUGUUGGCUCAGUAUUUUAAUUUUGAACUCCCACAAAAUCAAACCCCUGGCCAACAAGGAGCAGAUGGAACUCUGAGCAGCUUCUCUGUCCUCCUUCAUAACCGAUGCAAGAGUGAUGAGGACACUUUUUCUGUUAUAAAAAUAAAUUCUGAGGACUCAGUCACUCAGUUAUUCAUGCUACUAAAUUAAUAGUCUGGUCAUGUCUGGACUGAAGACCUGGCUUUUUUUUUUUUUAGCCACAUCUCCGCUUGACUGGUUCAACAGACGGAGAAGGUAAUAAAGAGAAAGUGAAGGAAGCCCACUGUUGCCCUUAUCCAUCCGUUUUUGCAGCUUUUUUUGUUUCCGAGCCAUUUAAUAAUAUUCUUUAACCACUAUCUGUCCUGCCAGGCUGAGAAAUCAGGCCAAUAAGUCCAAAUAACCUUCUUUUUGGAAUGAACUCUAAAUGGAAGUGCUUUAUCUCUCAUAGUCUCUCCACUGAUAUGUCACCACCCUGCAUUUCUUUCAUUAAGCUUUGAGCAAGGAAAUAAAUCAUUUCCAUUUCUUUAUUUAAGAAAACAUAGUUGCAAUGAAGUGUCCACGCCUUUGGGAGACUGAAUGUGCCUUGGCUUCUCAAAAGUUUACAGUCUCAGAUAGGCUGUAAUUUGUGACAGAAAGUAGCAUAGUGAACAGCUAAUGGCUAGUCCAUGGAAUUUGAUCCAUCCUAUUCUCGGGUGGAACGAAAAGAGAAAUUGUGAUCAAAGGACUGCAGUGUUCUGAUGUUGUUUCACAGAUGACUCACUUGUGUUUGUAUUUUUGCAGUGAAUCAGGUUUGUGGAUAAAAUCAUUAUGGGAACAAGCUUCUUGAAAGCAUCAGGGAGAAUCUGUUACCAAGCUUGAAUGACCCAUACCCAGUUAGUGGAGAGCGCUCUGAUGUAUUUAUGGAGGUCACUUGCACUACAUGGAACGCAAGAAUUGUCCCAUAUCAUUGGCACAGAAAAAAAAAAAACUAUGAACCUCUCAAUAUGUAAUCCUUAAAAGAAUGUAUUUUUAUUUAAUUUUAGUUUUAGCAAUAACAGAUGAUUUCUCUCUGUACAUUAAAAAAUCCUGCAGACUUUCAUGGGUGUCACGUAGAAUCUGUGCCCUGUGGUUUUCACCGUAUGUCAUCUAGCAAUAGACGACCUUUUUUCCAGGUUUUUUCUUUUGUGAAAGUUAUUUUAAUUACAAAAAUCAUAUCUGUCCAUUAAUGAUCAGUGUUAGAGACACGUACUACACAAUGUUAAGGUCCAGUAUAAGGGAUUUAAUUAAACUGUCAUGUAAAGUGGGUUCUAACCCAUUUCACUGUGAUAAGGUUAAUUUGGGCACUUCAUGUGUGAAAAAAUGGUGCAGUCAUUUUCAAUUCAUCAUUAUUCUGAUGUGUAUUUUUAAAAGGCUCAGUCUUAUUUGAGUGGAAAGCAGGUUUGUAUGCAGAAAUUAUGCGAUGACCAAAAGCAAGACCACCGUGUUGGAAAAAUCUGUGCUCAAAUAUCCAAAAUGAUGUAAAAUUUCACCUGAAGCAUCUGAAGGCAAAUCGGACAAACUUAACAAAAACCAAAAGUAUGAUGAAUAAACAAGAUUUUCCUUACAUUAGAUCCCUUACAUCCCUGUGUAACUGUCCACGACUGAUUUGAAAUUAUUGCUCUGGAUCAUAUUGUGGAAGUGUUCUGCAUGGUUUUUAAUUUUUGACAUGUCUGAAGCAAUACACUCCUGUUCUCUGAAGAGUUUGCCCUGAUUUGCAGUUACUUUAAGAAGAGAUUUUUCCUGACAAAUUGACAUCUAUGUACGGAGACAGUUUUGUACAUUAUUUUUCUUAUACUACGUGAGCACGUGUGUAUGAAUUUUUGAAAGUUGAGCGCGUGUCGCAGUCGCGCGGUGUUGAUGUGAAGAUUUUAUAUAAACUGGAAUCGACUGUAAAUAAUGUUUGCCAAUAUGUAAAUGGGGAAAAGAAAUGCAAUUCAUGUUGAAUCUGCCCACAACAGAACAUUUAUAAGAACCUCUGUGUAAUCCGGACAUGCUAACAUGCACAAAAACCCACAAAACAAAAUAAAAGAAACAAUCUCACAA